AUGGCGGGAGGAAGGCUACGUCUCUCCUUCUGGUCCAUGCUGGCAUUAGUUCUCGCACUGCCAUGGGGACUAUUUGCGACGGCCCAUGAGGUUAUGCCAUCGGAUAAUCCAGCGGAUUAUCCUUCACAAUAUCGAUAUAUCAUGAAUGGGAGCGAGCUGAGCGUGCUCGGAAUAGGCUCAAUUGGCCUUAUUCCGCUGAGCGCAAGUCUGUGGAGCUUGUCUCCAGAGGACUUCUCGAGUACAAUAGUGAGCGGUAAUCUACAAAACGUGAAUUCCUCCACCGCCACCGGGCUGUCCGCGUUCACAAUACCGUACAUUUCCUGCGAUGAUCCCGACGUCAUGGAAGUCAUCAGCGACGCCUUCAAAUCUACCGACGUUCGGAACGUCCUGGCUGCAGUAUUAUACUCCGAGACUCAUACGCAUUGCCGCAUUACUGACACAUUGGCUGUUGCGGAAUGGCUCAACUUGCUUACUGUCGGAGAUAUGGAGCAAGCGAGGCAGGUUGCUGCACUUGAACUCAAUAACGAUAGCAUAGGAGUCGUCCAGAUAGCUGCGGAUCUAUCUUCUCUACCUCCCGGAACCCGUCUUGAUCCUCCACGAAGAGGCAGUCCAAUACCAAUGAUCAUAUUGUAUGCACUUACCAGCAUGAUUACCGUGCUCCUCCUACUUGUCAUCAUCGGCGGAGCAAUUAAGGCUCGUCGACAUCCCGAAAGAUACGGUCCAAGAGCACGUUUUAUGGGCAGACCGAGGCAGAGCCGAGCCAAGGGGAUUGCAAUGGCCAUGCUGGAGACGCUACCAAUUGUGAGAUUCGGUGAUCCUGAUCCAAAGCAGUCAAAAUCUGUUGGAACCGUAGAAGACGUGGAGAUGAGCCCUACUACAAAAGAGACAGCAGCUCAGAUCAAGGACUCCGAGCCAGAACAACGAGGAGCAGAGGAUGAGCCGGGCACUUCCAAGGCCACUGCAGAACCGACAAGGCCGAGAACACCGCUCGCCACGAGCGAUGAGGGCUCAGCGGACCUCACGACAAACAAGCCCGCACCCCCUAACCCAACAGCAGUAGGAGCAGCAGCACCAGCUGACGAGUCGCUUGAAACCGCCGAAGACCCCCUCAGCUGCUCAAUCUGCACUGAAGACUUUACGCUUGGCGAAGCCCUCCGCGUCCUCCCCUGUAACCAUAAAUUUCAUCCGCUCUGUGUUGAUCCUUGGCUCCUGAACGUCUCCGGCACUUGUCCCCUCUGCCGCAUCGACCUCCGCCCUCCCCAAGAAAUCACAGAGGAAAAUAGCCAAGACCCUAGCAUACCUACUAACAUCAAUCCUGUCUAUGCGGAUACAGCAGCAGCGCAACAACGACCGAGAAGCACACUUGGCGGGAUAAUGCGUGGGACUAGGGCGCUGGAUUUACAGACUAUCAUCGAGGCGAGCAGGGAGGAGAGGAUUUGGAUUUUGAGAAGAUGGAGGGAGGAGAGGCGGCCGCAGUGGCAACAGCAGGCGGACCAUGACGUGAAUGGCGCCGAAAAUACCGAUGCAGAUGUGAACGCAGCUGUGCACCGAAGGAGUAGGGUGCUGAGCCAACGGUUGAGGGACAGAUUUAGCGUGCGGUCCUCACAAGAUCCAUUACCACCACGAAGUCGGAAUGAUGGGUCCGAAGCUACUGAGAGAAGACCCAGCACAUGGUAUGCCAGCGAGGGCAACGCCAGGGCCGAGACCAGCACUACGAGUGCCGAUUCAACACCCCAACCGCCACCGCCACCGAAUGAUGCGGCGGCGGUGGAUGAGAGAGCAAGGACUGAGGAUGGUGAGAGGACCUUAGCUUCCUGGUAG